AUGCCUCCAUUGUCUGGGGAAGAACGUAUACUCACAGUAUUUGCUGAUAUCCACUACUAUUUCUCCGCCCCAACACCCAAGCCGCUUCACCACCGCUUCGAUAAAGGCUCAUAUCUCUAUCUCUAUCACAAUGCGAGCCAGAGGAAGACCAGACUGGAGGUCGCCAAUAAUCCUGGCUCUCCAGACCAGGACGCCUUCAACGGGGCACUGGAUCAAGUCCACAUCGCCCAUUCCACCAAGUUUCCCACCUUGUGCACCUUGACUGUGGACGGCGCAAACACACAAGCCUUUCCUCCGCCACCGACAAGCCCGUACGAAUGGCAUCUCCCCAGCACCACCGGCGAGCCCAUGCGCCUCCACACGCUGGACAUCUACUUCUGGACGCUCGACGACGCAACGCAAUGCCUCGACCUCCUCGAACGUCACCUCGCCCCCGCGCAGGUCGCAUCAGACCGACACCCAUUCCCACCCCCGGCGCAGCACAACGUGAGCUCCGUCGUGCAACAACUCGAGCACGUCGCCAUCGCAGACCCGGCCUACCAAAACGGCCAAACCCGCAACUCCCAGUCGGAGCCUGCAUCGUUCCCCCAGCACCACCAGCCCGCCGCAUCAACCUCUCCCUCCAUCGCAACACCCAGCGCCAUCCCCCCUCCGCCGCCCCCAAUCACCGGGUCCCCAGGCGCCCAACAACACCAAAAUGACACCCCCGCUCCCCUCCCAUACAACCCUGCCGCCCCCGCCGCGCCAGAACCCAUAAAGCACCGCGAAAAGACCCCUCCGCCCCCAAUGGACGGCGCAGAUGGCACCGGUCUCGCCGCCGCCGCUGCCGCAGACAUCGCGGCGCCCCCAGGCGCCCCCUUCUCCCCGCAGCGCGCCAGCUUCACCACCACCAACAACAACUACACCACGACGUCCCAGUCCCUCCCUUACGCCAUGCCAGGGAGCUACGCCUCGCCCCCGCCCAGCGCAGGCCUGCCCCCCGCCUUCCACGUCCCCACUUCCUCCAUCCAGAGUCCCCCGCCGACCACCGUCCCCGCCGGCGUCCCCUCCUACACCCCGUCCUUCCUCGCCGGUAACAGCGGAAGCGCAGGUAGUACCACUCCCGGAGCCACGGGAACGACGAUGUCCUUCGCUCCGCCGCCAAAAGACCCCUCUGCCCCGGUGUACCAGGCUCAGCCGCAGACCUCCUACGCCCUCCCGCCGCAGCUCCAGCAGCACCAACAGCAGUCGCAGCCGACACCGCCGCCGGGCGGGUACGCGAAUUUCUCGUAUGAUACGCCGGCGCAGGCGCGCGCGCACACCGGCAUCGGCGACUACGAGGUUCAUAGUCAGCUGUAUCGGCCGACGGAGGCGGAGGCGAACUCGUAUCACCAGAAACAUGCGCUGAAGGCGAUGAAUUCGGGGCAGAAGCCGCGGGGUUUGGAGGAGCGGGCGCAUCGUGUAGAGAAUAGUGUGAAUAAGUUUUUGAAGAGGUUGGAGAAGAAGAUAUGA